GAGUCAUUUCACGUUAGAGAUCAGCUGUGUGAGCUCGUCUUCGCCUCAGUCAGCAGCGCUACUGGGUCCGGCAGGAUGGCACAAGAGGAGUGGACGCGCAUCCUCCAGAGCAAAAUGAACGAGCACUCCCGUGGACACACCUGGCAACUGGAGUUCGACGACAGUAUUGAGCCGGAAUUCCCGAACCCUGGAUGGAAAGAGUACAUCAGGAACACUUGUGCAAGGUUCCGCUGCUCAAUGUGCAGGAGGAGCUGGCCCUCCAACCGGGUGAUGGUCGUCUUCCACAUGCGCCUGACGAACGGACAGGGCACGGUCAGGACGAGGCGCUUCCGCCAAAACUGCAAGAGAUGCACCGCAGCUCCGAUGGAGACGCCCGACGUCGCCCCGGAGGACGUCACCAGCCUCAUGGAGCAUCUGGUGCAGAAGAUCAGAAUAAAAUGCUACAAUGAAAACCUGGGGCAAAGCAACAGGCCGUUCAGAAGCAUUGAUGUCAACAGUCCCCACGAGCCGUCCCACUGCGAGGGCUGCAUCAGAGGCGUCUGCACAAGGAGUGAAAACAGCUUCAAGUUCAAAUUCUAUUGAUCACUUGUUCUUGAUGUUCAUGUCCAGCAUCAAAAGCAGCAAUAUGAAUUAUAGCAGUUUUUUUAUUUUCCAGUUGUAAAAGCAUUAUAUAUUUUUUAGUUUGAAGUCACUCCCUUAUAUCUAAUCGGGGAAACAAUCGACAAGCACUUUAACUAAAUUAACACUGGAGUGUUAUCAUUUCACGCUUGUGUAACCCACAUAGUAUUAAUGACUGCACUGUGUCACUGUAGAUGAUGUGCACAGAGGAGUCAUUUACUGAUCAGAUCCCAUGUGUCUUUGGAAUGAAAUAAAACUGGCUGAUGCAUUG